CCCGCGUCGAUUGCUGAGAUUCAGCAUCAGUAGCAAUGACCGAGCGCCAAUUUCUCUCUUGCGCGGCUGUCAAUGAACGCAAUUCUUCGCUUGACUUUACUUAAGGAAUUGUUAUCUAUGUUUGGGAUUCUGAAAGGGACUUUUAUUUGUUGUUUUACCUUUGAUAUUAAGCAUUUUCAGUUAUAUUUUAGCUCAUAGCCCUGUAGCACCCGCCUGCGCAUUUCAACAAGGGAUCACAGAUGGCACAGACGUAAAAUUCACAGUGAGAAAGGUAAAGCUAGAGGAGAAAAAAGAGAUUUGUCAUGCAUAGAUGGCAAUGUGGUAAGGUUUAUAUGGGAAGACUUGUUUUGCAUCUGGGAAAUAACCUUAUCAACCGGAGAAUCCUGAACACUCAUUGACUGCAUGACUAUUGCUUCGAAGCAUUAUUUCAUUGCUGACGUUCCACUUUCAGCACCUUGGACAACGACGAACACGUUGGUUCACAGUGCGACACGCUUAAGAAAAAAAAAUGAAACGUUUAUUCGACGGAUAAUAAUGCAUUUAUCAAUAUUUCUUCCAUAUCUACGUUUAAAGCAGAGGGGAAGACUGUGCUGACUGGUAAAUUCCAUAUUUACAGAUCCCCUAAUAGCCAAGGCAACAUGGGAACUGUACUCUCAGUCUCCCCAAGCUACCGUAAGGCUGGCCUCUUUGAUGAAAUGCCACCCUCUAUGGCAAAUUAUACAGCUGUGCAGAACAGCAAAAAUGCCAAGGACAAGAACCUGAAACGACAGUCCCUCAUCAAUGUCCUGCCAUGGAAGCGCAUUGUGGCUGCUUCGGCUAAGAGAAAAGGCUCGAAAAAGCUGGCCUCUGGUGACAGUCAAGAUGAAGAGUGUGUGGGCACCCUCAACAGCCAAAACUUGAAGAAGUCCCAGUCCUGUGCCAAUCUUUCUGGCUUCACCCAGGAACCAGCAGUGAGCUCCAUACCCACAUCUAAGACAACUGCCAAUGUGGCCUCCACUGCGAAGAGUACCUCAAUCACUGGAUCCAUGGACCAAGCCACCAACGUGGGCACACCCAAAAGAGUGAUUGUGCAGGCUUCCACUAGCGAGCUUCUGAGGAGCCUGAGUGAAUUCCUGUGCCGGCGCUGCUACCGACUGAAGCGCCUUUCUCCAGCCGACCCGGUUCUGUGGCUCCGCAGUGUGGAUCGCUCACUUCUGCUACAGGGCUGGCAGGACCAGGGCUUUAUCACUCCAGCUAAUGUUGUCUUCCUUUAUAUGCUCUGCCGUGAGGUCAUUUCUGCGGAGGUCUCCAGCGAGCGUGAGUUGCAGGCUGAGCUGCUCACUUGCCUCUACCUGUCCUAUUCCUACAUGGGCAACGAGAUUUCCUACCCACUCAAGCCCUUCUUAGUGGAGACAGACAAGGAUGCCUUCUGGAAUCGCAGCCUGGCAAUCAUCAAACACAUGAGUAGCAAAAUGCUUCAGCUUAACUCUGAUCCACACUACUUCACCCAAGUUUUUUCUGACCUUAAGAAUGAGUGUCAAAAGGAGGAAGAAAGCCGGCUGCUCAUUGGCUUGGAUCGAUAAAUGUGCCAUGGAAGUGUGUAUGUUUUCUUUUUUACAAACUUCUUGAGUGUCAUUAUUAGUGUUAAAAAAUCCUCUCAAAGUUGAAGCUUCAGAGCAUAGUUUUCAGACUUACUUGUAGCAAUGAAUGGGACUGGAUCUACCAUUUAAAACCCUAAAGGUCUGACCAAGAUGAAGGACACCAGAGUCUUAAUCACAAUGCCAGUAGAAAAGGAGUCCUCUGACCAACUGUGCAGCAUGUCAACCUUUUACUCAAGAGAUUCCAUCCACACACAAACAUGAGCAGGAGUCUUAUAUUUGCUUCUUGACCGUCAAUAAAGUCUGAAAUCCCUUCAUUGAAAAGGGAUGCUUGCCAUAAUGAAAUCAGACUGAGCAGUUUGAAAAUGGCACAAUGUAGCGAAGUUAGCAACACCUUCGAAAUGUAACCAAACCAAAGACUCAGCUUAACUUCAAAACUAGUUUGACCUUCUGGGGACUCCAAUUUCUACAUGCAAAUGAAUCCUGCACAGCGAAUAUUACUUAGUUAUUGAUGAAGUAAUAUGUGAGGACCAUGAACUGCUGCUUUUGUCUGGCGACUGACGUGUUGUCCCUUGCAUGGCAUCACAUUUUCGACAUGUUGUGUUUGUUUAGCAUAUUCAAGUGGCCUUUAAGAAGGUCAGGGUCUUUAACUGCUGCAGGAGCAAUGCCAUAUUAUGAGAUCGUCUCUCUGACCACUGUGAGUGACUACACUACAGUGGCAAGAAGAGGAAAUCUGAUGCUUCUUGAAUUGGAGAUAAAGUGAUUGUCUGCACCACUUCUAUUAAAACAUAAGAAUCUUUCACCUCAAGAAGGAGCAUUCCUCUGACAUGUUUUCCAUUUUAGACUACCUAUUGUCAUUGUCAAAAGAACUGAAAUUCUAAUGUGGAACAAAAUAAUGGAGAGGUCGAUAUUUUAUAUAUUUUCAACAGCAAGUACUGUAUGUUCAUAUACGGGUGUUAAUGCAUGCUUCUUUGAUCAACCACACAUUUUUAAAUUAUUUUAUUUGUAUGAAGUUCUUUUGGACAGUGUUACAAACUAAUGUGCCAUAAUGUUUGUCAGGAAAAGAACCCCAAAGCUUUUGUAGCCUUUUCAUUACGAAAAGGAUAUUUUUGAAGGAGCAAAAGGGAAGUAUGAGAAGAGUUCUGUUACAGCUUGAAAUAGAUCAAUUGUAAAAGAAAGCACUUAGAUAAUGUCUACACAGGCCAAUGAGGUUAAAGUGUUUAUUUUUACAUGCUUUUGUUUUUAAACAUUUUUAUCUGCAUUUUUGAUGCCACUUUCCCACAUAUAUGAGAUAUGAGUGUAAACAGCAAAUUUAAGAGGAUGGUUGAAAUGAAAUGUCUAUACAGAUUUACUCAGUAAUGUGAUACACAUUGCAAACCAGUGUUAACAGAAGAUGGUUUGCUGAUGAGAUGUGAUGUAAUCAAUGAUCAUCUUGUGAAUGAGGUGCUCUUGUUGUUCCUAGUAAUGAGAGAUACGUUUUCAUCAGCAUUUUAUCAAUAUACAGCGUUUACUCACUAUUAAACUCUGCUUAAGUAUGUGACUUUUGGACAAAAAUAGUUUUCAGAUACUCCCUGUGUUAAAUAUGAUCAACUAUGAUGGAGUGAGACUUUCUUUAUUCCAAAAAUAUAAUGUUGAAAUGGAGCAGUUUACAGGUAUAUUAUUAACAUAAUUUGCAAAGAGGUGCUUGAAUAGAUUUCUGAGGGUCUUGAUAGGCCUCUAUAAAAAGUUUUUCAGUAUGCAAGUGACAUACUGGCAUUGUGUUAUUUACCACCUAUGUGUUAGGAUGUAAUUACACAAUUAUUUGUUUCCUGAAGCACACAGAAACUGAUCAAAUCAGUUCAGAUGGCAGGUCAUAGGUGAUAUGAUUGAAGUAUAUUAAGCAAUAUGUGAAAACUUAACUGCAAACAUUUAUGCACAUGACAAAAUUUUGACAAAAGUAGAACAGAACACUGUUAAAGUCUAACCAUUAUUUAUCUUCUGUUAAGUAAAGGGUUUUUGCUGCUCUAUGGGAUAAUUGGCAUGUUUCUAUUUACAUAUUCCAUUCACUGAUAACACAAUGCAUGUACAUUUUCCAACCAUAUUUAGUAUCUGGCCUCAUUCUAGUAAAACACUGAUGGUGCUAUUGAUGCAGAGAUCUCGUUCUACCCAUAAGCAAGACUUUUAUCAUUGGUUAGUUGAAUGUAAUGGAGUCUUGUACUUAGGGCAAAAAGACUGUACAUGUAUUGAUGUACUGAUCAAAAUAGUGGCUCCAAUGGUAGAAUGGGAAAUCAAAUAUGGGAAUGAUAACAGACUGUAACAGUAAUGGGUAAGAAGGGGGAUAAAAAACAACUCUGAUCUUGAAAUUGUGUUAUUAUGUUUCAUUGAAUUUUUUGUGGUUGAUGUUACAUUCUUCAACAAAAAAUAUGUACAGCAACAAAAGACUGAUAUUUUAUUUUCUCUUUUCCUUAUGUUUCAAAAUUGUGUGAACUUUGUUGAGAAAAAUUAAACAAAAAUGAGAUGUAACUAUAACAUAUUUAAAGAAGCAAUCUCUUACAUAUAGGUGUGUAUGAAUGUGUGUUUGUGCAAUUACUUUUGGCCAAUUCUUCUACUUUAUAUAAAAAUGUGCAUU